AUGCCUCAAAAUGUUAUUCUGCAAGGACCGGCACCCUGGGGAUUCAGGCUCUCGGGAGGAAUAGAUUUUAACCAACCCCUAAUCAUAACCAGGAUUACACCUGGAAGCAAGGCUUCAGCUGCUAACCUGUGUCCUGGUGACGUUAUUGUAGCUAUUGAUGGCCUAAGCACAGAGAACAUGACACAUAAUGAUGCUCAGGAGAGAAUUAAAGCAGCUGCACAUCAGCUAUGUUUGAAAAUAGAGAGGACAGGAACUAAAUUAUGGUCUCCAAAAGUUACAGAAGAUGGCAAAGCACAUCCCUUCAAAAUAAAUUUGGAAGCUGAACCACAGGAUAUCAACUACUUUGAACACAAGCAUAAUAUUCGGCCCAAACCUUUCAUAGUCUCAGGCCGAAGCAGCGGAUGCAGCACUCCCUCAGGGAUUGACUGUGGCAGUGGACGCAGCACCCCCUCCUCAAUUAGCACUGUCAGCUCCAUCUGCCCCACCGAGUUGAAGGCAGUGUCUAAGAUGGCCCCUAACAUUCCCCUGGAAAUGGAGCUUCCCGGUGUCAAGAUUGUACACGCUCAGUUUAAUACACCCAUGCAGUUGUACUCAGAUGACAAUAUCAUGGAAACACUGCAAGGCCAAGUUUCUACAGCUCUGGGGGAAACACCCGUAAUAAGUGACCCAUCACCCAACUCGGUGCCUCAGUCUGAUGUGUACAGGAUGCUGCAUGGCAACCAGGAGGAGCCCAGCCAACCUCGCCAGUCUGGCUCCUUUAAGGUGCUCCAGAAUUUAGUCUCCGAGGAAGAUGGACGCCCCGUGGGCACAAGAAGUGUGAAAGCACCUGUAACAAAGAUACCUACUGCCAUGCCUGGUGUCCAGAAAGUGCCACUGUGUGACAAGUGUGGGAACGGCAUUCU